AUAAAUACUUAACAUUACACAACGCGGAGGUAAACUUGUAAGACUAUUUGAAAAACGAGGUCUUGUUUGGUUUUAAAGUAAACUAGGAUGGCUUGUGCGAGUAUAAAUGAAUAUGAUAGUGGAUCUGAUGAAAUAUCAGAUACGGUUACAGUAGAAUUAAUAAAGUCGAGGGCAGAAAAGGGAGACAUAAAUGACGAAUGUUCCUCUUUAAGAGCGUCAUUGGAAGAAUCAUUUCAGAGACAUGGCGUUAAAGGAAUAUCAGAUUCGAUCAGAGACAAAAUGCACAGCUGGAAAAACGAAACACUAAACAUUGCUGUAACAGGUCGAUCAGGCGUUGGCAAGUCAACUUUUAUCAAUGCUAUUAGGAAUGAUAUGAACGAAUUACAGCCGGGUUACGCACCGGUUGGCCAUAAAGAAUGCACCAAAACGAGAAAGCCUUAUACGCACCCUAAUAACGAGCUUCUGACAUUUUGGGAUCUUCCUGGAGUUGGAACAGACACAUUUCCAAGGCAGACAUAUCUCAAGCAUACGGAAAUAAAUUUCCAAAUGUACGACAUGUUUAUUAUAAUGGCAUGUGACAGAUUUACUCAGGAUGAGUCUUGGUUGGCUGAAGAGAUAAAAAAGACUGGACGACCAUAUCUAUUUGUACGUUCAAAGGUUGAUGCACAAAUUGACAGUGAUGCCAUCCAGAAAAGAAAAGCUAGCAAAGAACCUUAUCCAUCAGCCGUAAUAAAGGAAAUCCGUGAGGACUGCGAGCAACACCUUCCAAAAGAAAAAGACAUUUAUUUGAUUAACAGCAAUGACAUUCAUUAUACAAACCUGGAUUUCCCCGACCUGAUCCUUCGUUUGGUUGAUGGCUUUUCCGGACUUAAGAGUGAGGCUAUCUUAUAUUCGAUUGAUUUUCUUACACCAGAUAUACUACAGCGAAAAAUCAAUUCGCUUCGUAAAAGAAUAUGGGGAAUGGGCGCAUUAUCAAGUAUUACAGGUGCAGUUCCUUUUCCAGGAACAUCCCUUGUUGCAGAUGCUUUGCUUAUAGUAAAUGAGACACGUCUAUACCGUAAACAACUGGGGCUUUCGGAUAAUGAUAUGGAAGCACUUUCCGAUAUGAUGAAUUUGCCUAUUGAUAGAUUGGCAGCCGAAUACUCAUUAGAAUCACUUGCCCUUUCUUUCACCAUAAAGGGGCUGAUGGCAUCGAGCGUUUUAAUUUGUUCUGAAGUUAUAGAAUCGGCAGUUGGUUUGGCAGUUCCGGUAAUUGGAAUGCCUGUCGGUGCGGUUCUAUCAUUUAUAACGACAGUGAAAUUACUCCGCUCUAUUCUUGCGAUUUUAGAGAAAGAUGCACGUAUCGUAUUGAACCUCGUUUUGUCAAAAACAAAGAGCAGCAUUAUGAAAACAGGCGUUGCUAUAAAUUAAAUCGGGCAUUUGUGACUAAUAUUUCUCGAUUUUAUGUUUACAAAUUAGACUAAAACAAAAAUUAAAAUAUCUAAUUGUCAUUCAUACAGAAAUUUUGAUGGAUUUCAUUUUAUGAAAGCUAACUAGUUAGUCAAAUAAUUAACGCGAUAAUUAUAUGGAAAACUGUUAGCAGAAAUAUGCCAACAUAGGUUUUGAUAAUACCUUAUUUCAACGGAAAAUUGGACAUAAAUGGCAUCCUAUUUACCUGUAUCGGUAUUAAAUGUAAUGAAUACGGAAUGUGUACUGUGGGUUCCGACGAUGAUUAUAUGGGUAUUCAUUGGGUACCCUGGUGGACUGUUUGUAUUUCUAUGAAAGAGACUUAAUGUUAAGCAUCUCUCUAGAUGUUUUUAUAGUAUUUCAUAACACUUCCCGAUACCUUCAUGGUAUUUUAAAUUUAGAUUAUUCUUAUUUUGAUCAAAUGAUGCCAACUAUCUAUUUUAAAGAACUUAGACUGAAUAAACGGAAUUCUUAAAAUGUCAUCACAUCAUGUUUGAAUCUUCGAUAACAAUACUAUUUACUCAAAAAUCAAUGAUUAGAUGUUUUAUCAAUUGUUCAAAUAGGAUAAUCCCAUUUUCUUACAAAUACAAAUACUGUAUUUCGCUUUAAGGCCUCCGGCCCAUGCAAAAACAUAUAUACAAAAAACAAUUUACCCAAAAUUUAUAGCAUGUGCACAAUGUUUAAACAUAUACUAUAUAUAUAUUAUUUAACUGAAAAUGACUGUAAAGCAUAAACAAUUUUCUGGGAGUUUCUUAAUUAUCAUUGUGUAUCAACGACAUACUAGUUGUUUAACUUCGUUUUUCAAAAGGGUAAUACAAAAAUGUUGCUAUACCCUUUAUAAGAUCAUCAUUUUCUGUAGACAUUGAUAUAUUAACUUUGUUUCGGGUUGGUACAUUUAGGUACUCAAUGGGUAGAUAUACACGUAUAGUUUUCUUAGUUCUGAAUAAAAAUCACAACAUAGAAAAAAAUGAAAGUCAUCUUCUAUUACAUUCUUAGAACAUUUUGUGCACAAUCUGUUUUCCCUCGAUAUUUUUUAAUGUCGACCAACCUCAAUUUCAAGAUCACGUGACCCUACUCUAAAAUUAGAGUAUAUACAUCUAAAUGUUCUGAUGUCUAAAACAUCUAAAUCUAAAUUUUCCUAAAAAAUACCAUAAAAUUACAAUUUUACAUUAGAAGUUACAGAUGAAUAACACUCUUGUUGGUAUUUAUCUUUUAACCUAUUUACAAAUUGCUAUAAAGUAUUUUUCUGAUGUAACUGAUUGACUUUCCCAGACAUAUCCAAAACCAUGACUUUGUAAAAUUUCUUUUAAAGAUGUAACCCAAUUGUCAUGUCCCUGUAUAUCAUCAUUAAACAUCAUUUAAUAACACUUUUUAACUAAUCUAUCGUUUGGCAUUUAAAUAAUUUUAAACCAAUAGUUAAUACACCUCUUAAUGGAUACUAUGUACAUGGGAUACAUCCCGCAGUCGCCUAAUAUGGCUAGAUUGGAUGCAUUUUGUUUGCAAGCAUAAUAUUGUACCCGUUCUAGCUCUUCAAAUUUACCAAUGCCCAAAAUUUCAGCCCCAUUAGUAACUGAGGACAUAUUUUAGUAUCAAACAGUUUAAAAAUUCUUUCUUAUUUAAUUGGCCACAAUCAAACAAGGAUUUUAAGAUUGAUAUAAAAACCCUCUUACCCUUUAUACAUAACUCAUGUACCA